GAGGUGACACACUCGUAAGCCACUUCAGUAAAGGGUUUUAAUGUAAGCUUAUUACACAGAGAUCGAAAACAAAAUGCUUCAGUAGUAGCUCUCACAGAGGACGCCACUUCAACAUGGCGAGGACUACAUAGUCCCUGUUUGGCUAAUUAAUUGCAGAAAACAAUGAAAAUAGUACUCCAGUGCCUCAGCUUCUAGAUGGGUGAAUCAGGGUCACGGCGUUCCACACUUGUGUCCCGCCUGCCGAUCUUCCGCCGCAGCAGCAGUAAGAGACAGGAGUCUCUCCCCUCCUCUCCAUCCUCAGGCGGAAAGGGCAAUGGCGUCCACACCUCUUCGCCCUCCAGCACCAACUCCAGUUCUGGCAGCACCGGGAAACGUCGGAGCCUUUUCCGAACUCCAUCUCUCAGUUUCUCAGCUAAACGGAAUAGUGAACCACGUGUUCAGCCUAUCAACCUAAACCUCACACCCCCGCUGACACAGAGCACUGACUCCAAUGGAAAUAGCCAGCAGACGAUAACGACGUCAUCGUCAACAGCGUUCAGCGAAGGUGGUGGACGCCCCAAAUCACGCCACUCAUUUGGGUUUGGCAGCCACAAGCAAAAGAAAAUCACGCGCUCUCAGACCGAGGAUUUUGAAAAAGGAUCCUCUUCCUCCUCCACAGGCAAUCGAAAUGUUUUUAUAAACUGUAUCAGUGGCUCAGGGGCCAAUGAGGGCGAUGACUCCGGGUUCCUCGAUGACUACAGUGGUGGUGGUAGUAAUAACAAACGGUCGUCAAAGAAGAAACAGUUGCUGCCCAAAUCUUUCUCAGCUCACCACCGUUUCUCCCGGACGUCCGAUCACCACAGACCUCCAGAAGUGAAUCUGGAACCUCCGAGCUCCACCACCAUCACUCCAGGAACGGGCGGGCUCACCCCGGGGUCAUUGCCAGGUGAGCUGCUUGGUGGAGGUGGUGAGAGCUCCCUCCAGUCCCCUAUGAUAUCAGAGGACCGAACCACAGCCAUCACCCCUUCAGAGUUCAUCCCCAUCACGGAGGAUUCUGUAUCCGAGGUGGACGCUCUGCCAGCUCCCAGCCCCGGAUCUGGUGGAUCUGGUUUAGCCCCAGGAUCUGCCUCUGAGCCUGGGCCGGCUAUUGAUACAACUCCACCUGAACCCCCACCUGCUUCAGAGAACUUCAGCAUGGCUGUCUCUACCUCCCAGGUUUUCUUCACUCCAGCCCAGUCCAGCGCUGAAAAACCUUUACUCCCUGACACCAGCACAGCAAACAACACAGACUAUGAGACUGCCAUUUCCCUCUCAGAGCCCGAGACAGCUGUACCCUGCCUACCUCUGCGGGAACAAUCACUGGAAGAGAGGAAGGAGCGGGAGGAAGAGAGGAAGGAAGCGAGGGAUGAAGCGAGGGAUGAGGUGUCAGCGGAGGAGAGGAAGGAGUCGGUGGGGGAGAGGAGGGCAGGAUACCACACAGAGACCACAAGUGAGAGCGAGGCAUGUGUGGUACGCAGCGAGGGUUGUCACUCUAACCCGGAGCAAUCGGAAAGGAGGGCAAGAAACGUGCGCUCUAUUCAAGAAAGAGGAAGUUUCUGUGGUUGCCAUGAACCAAGGUCCUCUCACUUGAGGAAACCACAUGCAGCCUCUCUGUGUAGCAGUGUCAGCCCCUAUCAUGAGGUGAUGCGGAUGGAAAGGCGUCUUCGCUCCUCGUCUGAGGGGGCUGGUGGGCCUCGUAUCCAUGGAAACCACAGAGAUGCCCCGGGCAUGGAGGGAUGUGGUCUGCUCAAACACAGGAACAACUCCUCAUCAUCCAAACUAGGAAGUCUGGAUGUUUUAAACAAUCUGGGUUCGUCAGAAUUGGAUGAAGAUGAUCUUAUGUUAGACCUGGACCUUUCUGAUGAUCAGCGACAUCGACAUGUGUCCAGAGAAGACUCCAGCCAGUCCCUGGCCUCCUGUCUCAACCUGCUCCCCUCCCCCAUGGACCCAUCAGGAGAUCGCAUCCCAGGGAGGGAAAACAAUCAGAGGGAGCCCAGCCGUCCGACCAGCCUGCUGCCUGCUGACUGGAGCUCUGGGCUGGGUUUGGCGAGGGAAGAUGAGCCCUUACCUCCAGGACUGGAGACCCUUCCACUCAGACUGAUGCAGCAGGACUGCACUACUGUCAAAACUCUGCUUUUAAGACUGAGACGGACACUGCAGGAGAGCACAGAGACAAGUCCUGCCAGCAGCCUCCAGUCUCUACCCAUCAGCCCCUGCAGUGAAAAGUCCCUUCCAUUUAAGGACCCCGGCAGAGAGGAGGCCUUGCUGCAACAGCUGAGAGAGAAAGACGAACUGAUUCUCAGACUCCACAGUGAACUGGAGAGUGCCAAAGCUGCCCUGAAGAUGAAAGACUGCCAAAUGACUGACCGCGCAACACAGACAGAACACAUGGGGCCAGAGACCAGUCAUCUCGGCCGGUGGUCAGGACUAGGCAGCAGCAGCAGCAGCAGCAGCCUGGCUUCAAGGGACCGAAGGGUAGUGCGGGGUGUGGGGGCAGCACUCGGCGGGGACCUCUGUAACCAGCACCUUCCUCACCACUAUCCACCUCUGCACGGCCGUCCUCCUGCCUCUGACCGAUACACUGCCAGGGAGGAGUGCCACUGCUUGGGGGUCUUGGCACAGUCCACAGCCCGUAACCCUGCUCCAAAUCUGGCUCCGAGCUCCUCCAACUUGUCCUGUGCCACUUCUGCAGUGUCAUCCCAAGCCUCACUUACUACUCCAGCCCAGCUUCAAGUUUCACACCUGGGCCUUAGUCCAAAUCAAUGCCCGGGCUCCUUUUCAGCGGCUGCUAAUCACAACGCAGUUCCAUCUCUGUCCUCCAGGCAGCCAGAGGGAGUGUCGUCCUCUGCAGAGUCUUUAACUCCAGGAGGAGGAGGUGGAGUGAGUCUGUCAGGUGGGGCAAGGAGAGGAGGAGGAGGAGGAGGAGGAGGAGGAGAGCACCACCCCCUGAGCCAUAUCCCCCGUGCAGUCGGGGCCAGCGUCUCCUCAAGCCUCCACAGUCUUGCGAGCAGAGGGAGCCCCUCCCCAAGCAUCUCAUCGUCCAUCCAAGCCUCCCCUCCACCUCCUACUCCGUCCCCAGCUUCCUCUUCCUCAUCCUCCUCUUCCUCCUCCUCGUUUACGGGUCGUUUAGGACAACCACCUCGAGGCCCUCUGUCUCUGCAUAGCUACAGUCGUAAAAACGUCUUCCUCCAACAUUCCCUACAGACUGCAGAACUGCAAGCUCUGACGCAGAGAGACAGUUGAGGGCGCACAAACAUUUACAGCAUCCGUAUUGACUCGAGCGACGAAAUGUGUGACUUUAUAGAAAAAAACUGCUGCUCCUUUGGUACAAGUUUCUUGUGCUCCACUGUCGCGAUGUUCCCCUGAAUCAUCAACCACACGCGCUUACAAUCAUGCUCGUCUCUCUUUACAAUCCAGACCAGCCCUUUGCUGACAUUUUGUUCUUAGAUUCGCUCGCUUAAACUCACUCGCAUGCGAGGUUACACACACAUAUCAAGCUUUGAGUACGAAAAAGGCACUCACCCGUCUAUCAGAACUCCCACGGUGUGUCAUGCUGACAGUUUAGAUGUGCUUACGCCCACAGACACACAAAGUGCACAGAGACUCGCAACCUCAUAUCCAUGCACACAAACACAGCGCUAGUCGCACACACGCUUAGAUACACACUCUCACGCAGAGACAUCAUCUGUGAUAUCUCUGCCUCACAGUCUGCACAAAUAACAGGGCGUUAAAGCUGAACGCAGAGAUGAGGCUUGCAUUUGUGUUAAAGAUUAAUUUUUUUAUGCAGUUAUUUAAUCAUUUUAAAAGUUAAACCAUGUGCUGCUUAAUGAACUAUGGGACUGACCCUAAUUUGCGCCGGUAAGGAUAUACUCUCACAUUGCCAAAUCCUACUGUACAUCAGAUCAUUCCUCGAUGUCUGCCGACAAAAGUCCAGAUGAAAAGACAAAUGUUCCAUCACCCUUUUACUGCAUGCUUUUUAAAAUUGAAGGAGAAUACAGGUGAGCAUUUUUUUACUGCAUCAAAAGCGGGAUCUAGGUGACUUUUAAAGUCUUUUGAUAACGUUUCAGUAUCAACUCUCACCUCAGUGUUUCAAGAAGGGAAUCAAACAUGCCAAAACCUCUAAGACAUGAGCCUAUCGAGUGUUUUGAGAUGGAAUUGUUCAUUCUUCUGCUUACAUAAAUGAGACAUUAGAAAUACUUUUGGCUUAAUACUGGACCACCGUUUUUGUAAAAGUACAAUGUUGCAAUAUUAUCCACAUUAUAUACAAGAGUUAGUGUGUAUCUGCUAUGUUAGAUUAGUACAGUACAGAAAUGAAGAGUUUCAUUCUAAAAGUAGAUAUCUGGCAUUUGAAUAAUUUGGCACUUAUGAUGACAAAAUGACACUUAAGUAACUAGCAUUACUGGACCCUUAGCUAACAAAAUCAAAACACAUCAGACAAUGAGAUUGAGCAGAGCAAGAUUUCUAAGAUUUGGCAGAACCAGCAUUAUCUAUUUGUUCCAAAAUGGGGAAAAAAAGCAUCAGGUUUUGGAAUGAAGCCCUUCAAAUGUUCUUUAGGACUGGGUAUUUACCCGAGUGGUGCUUUGCUAAAUGACAUAAUCAAUAUCCAUUUUUAGGAUUCAAAAGGAAAAAUGUUUCAAAUAAUGGCAUUACAGUUAGCUGACACGUUUUCUAUGACAGAUUCUGUCUCGGGAAGAAAGUGACAGAGCAAAUAUUGCACAGAAAGUUGUUUACCUGAUCGAAUAAUGAAAAGAAAGAAAGAUGAUUGUACAAACUGUCCCAUUUGGAAAAGCAUCAGCACUGAUACCCGGUCGUUAAAGGCUAGCCUUCUUUUAUCUUCCUGAUCUCAGAUGUGCUGGUUAUCUUUUUAAAAAACUCAUCCAACGAGAUGGCAUUUGGUACAAUAAGGGUAGUAGUUAUGUUGUUUUCGGACAGUAGGAGGAUUCAUAUCUUUUGAGUGAGAUUUACAUCUAUUGUAACUGCCAUGACCUGCUGAGUCGUACAACAUUAUUCACACUUUGAUAAGUGAGAAAACCCACCAUUUCUGGAUCUGUGAACAACUGGACUGCAUAACAACCUCUUCAAUCUGCCACUGUUGAAUAUAUUUGCUCUGUUGA